UGCUCGUUUUCUUGAAUUAUUGUAAUAAUUUAAAAAUAAUAAUUGUUCAUAUUUAUGAUCAAAAAUUCAAAUAAUAAGGUUAUGGGAACAUAAAUGUAUAAAAUGAAGUCCGUUGUGGCUUAUGUGAGAAGCCUUCUUGGUUGGUGUGAUGAAAAUCCUGAUAUUAGGACAAGCUUCAAACGCGACAGGGUAGAAGAUGAUUUUUCGUCCGAUGAUGAUUUUCCGACAGUCAAGAAACUCAAACAGAUGAGGAAAACUAAUUUCCCCGACGUUAUGGCGGAAAAGGAUUUAUGGGACAAAGAUAAAACAAAAGUGCGUUACAUACCCAUUCAAAUAGAUAGGGGUCAUCCUAGUACCUCAACACCCAAUAGGUCGACAGAGAAACAGAGUAAAGUUCGUACUGUGCCGAUAAAAUUAGUAGGGGUCAAGGAAAAUGGUGGCAGUACACCAUAUAGAAGGGCGAAUCUUAACAGACAAGUGCUACGUGUGGUGGAUGAUGGUGAAGGUGAUUGUGAUGAUCAAGAGGUAACAUGGAUAGAAAAUAAACCAGAAAAACCAUCAAAAGUAUAUAUAGACUUGGAUGAGGAGGAAUCCGACCACAACCAACCUGACGACGAUGUUAUAUUCGUGAAAAAAAUAUCAACACCACCACCACUGAAACCAUAUAAAUACUUCAUUGCGAACAGCAGCGAAGCACCCGACGGGGUCUCACGAGAGCCAGUGUACUAUAAACUUAGUCGAAAACUAAACGACAGAAAUGCAAGCACAUCACCAAGAGCGUAUAGUAAAUUUAAGGCACCAGUAGGUAUUACUAAAAUAUAUAAAAAGGCACCCACGCCGGUCCCAAAAUGGAUGCAAGAAAGCAAAUCAUCGAAUCUCCCAACAUUAAGAAAUAGAUAUCUAAAUUUGAACGGCAACUUGAAAACAACACUAUCUGAAGUGUUCAACUUAGACGAAAAGAAAAACUAUCAAGAACUUAUCAGACGAGUAACCACUACAGCGAAACCUGUGUCAUUAGGGAAACCUGGCGAUAUAAUAAGUCUAGCCGAAGACGCAGCUUCGUUUCGUUUGACGCAAAAAACACAGAAAAAGGCCUUGGACGAACUAAAAUUUGUGGAGAAAGGUCUAAGUGCGGAAAAGGAGAACGAGGUGACAAAGGAAUAUGAUCCGAUUACGGUUGCAUCAAUAAACUCGUCAGACUCCGAGGUAGAAAUUGUUCAUUCUGAGUCAUCGACAUCUUCUGUUAGGAUAGAUCCCAUAAAUUCCCUUAGAGAGUCAUUUAAAGAUCGAGCAGUAAUAUCCAGUGAUUGGCUCUCCAAAUUAGAUACAAAAUAUAAAAAAAAGAAACAGCAAACUCAGGAGAAACUGGUGGACGCGCGACGCGAGUCCGAUAUUAUAACAAAAGUAAAUAAUGAACAAAAAAUAGCACAUUUAGAGAACAAAUUGAAGUAUGAAUUAAGUAUACCGGAAAGUCUGUUCGAGGAGCCUCAGCCGACUGUCGAGCUUCCGCCUUUAACGCCUGAACAGGAGAAAUUAGUCAAUAGAGCGCUGGGGCCGGGCCCGCCUGGACAAGUUCUAGUAGAGAAAUUCAAUUUAAGAAUACAUAGGCGAGAUCUUCAAACACUAUCUGGUCUCAAUUGGCUCAAUGAUGAAGUAAUAAAUUUCUACAUGAAUUUAUUGAUGCAAAGGAGUGAGGAGCGAAAAGACCUACCAAAGGUGUACGCUACGAAUACAUUCUUCUAUCCCAAACUUAUGCAAAGUGGACAGGCCGGCCUGCGGAGAUGGACGAGAAGGGUGGACAUAUUCGCGCACGACCUGAUGGUGGUGCCAGUACACUUGGGAGUCCACUGGUGUGUGAGCAUGGUAGACUUCCAGAACAAGAAGGUAUCAUACCUGGACAGCAUGGGCAGCUCCAACCAGGCGUGCCUCGACGCUCUCAUGCAGUACCUGCGCGAUGAGCACCAGGACAAGAAGGGACAGCCUUUCGAUGAUAAAGGAUGGAAAGCGGAGUGUUUGAAGCAGAACAUACCGCAGCAGAUGAACGGCAGCGACUGCGGCAUGUUUGCGUGCACGUUCGCGGAGUUCAGCGCGCGCGGAGCCCCCUACACGUUCACACAGGCGCACAUGCCCUACCUGCGGCGGAAGGCCGCGCUCGAGAUCCUCGCCGGACGACUGCUGCUGUAGCCCAGCGGUCACCAUCUGUUACUACCGUCUCGCCUUCCACACGACACCCUGAUCGUCAAGAACAAUCCUGAGCGCGUACACACGCGCUGAAUCACCAUCUCCGCCAUCCACGAUACACCCUAAAUCACCAAGAACAACCCCGAGCGCGUAUCCACACUAUGCGUUAAAUCACGAAGAACAACCCCGAGCGCGUACCCACACUACGCUCUAAAC